UUUAUCACUCUAUUGACGUGUUGUUAGCAAAUGGGAGCAGAAGGGCUGAUCUCGCGCCUGAAGAGGUCAUUCUGGCUUCGUUUGCCACUUGUUGCCAAAACCUCCGGGCUUCAAGACUCAUCUUGUACUCAUUUUUAAAACGAAUUAUAUCCUCGUAAUUGCGAGGCAGAUCUCGAUGUUGAAACAGGAAUACACCCACAUCUAACAUUUGAAUAAUCUUGAACAAUUUGGUAUUUUAUUACGUCUGACUGGACAAGCAUGGUUGAUAACACCAGUAUAGCAACGAAAUCUGCCCUGCAAGCCGCUUUCUGUUCGGCGAGCACCCUUCCGCAGUUAGUAUCCACUGCGUCCUCCCAUAGCCACUACUCCGGCUCCCAUUCCCAUCAGUCCGGCAGCGGAGGCAUGAAGUUGGAGGCGGUCAUGGAAAACCUGCAGCGACAGCAGGCUGCGCGCCUGGCUCUGGAGGAGAAGCUCCGGCAAGCAGAGAAAGAAAAGGACCUCAGGUCCAUGGUGGAGUCCCAGAUUCAGCAGCAGGCUAUCGCUUUCCGUCACUACCAGGCAGCGGUUAGGGGCGCUUUCGCUGCAGGAGUACCGGAUUCGUCCUCGGGGGGAAGCUCAGUGGAUCGCCAACUUGCCCAUCGCGAUGUACCAAGACAUGAAGUGGACGACUCCGAUAUGGACGAUGAAGUAGAGGGUGAUCGCGGCAUGGGCGAUGAAGAGCGGGACCCUGAGGAAGAUGAAAUGGAAAAUGAGGGAGACGUAGACGAAGACAUGAAGGGAGACUUGACUCACUAUCAGUCCCGCCACACACUGCAUAGUGAAGCGGGGCAAUCCCCAAAAAGCAAUGCCGUACAUGUGCUCUCCAGGGUCGGACAGCCGUCGUAUCUGGCGCCGAGGCAUUCCGAAUCCCCGAAUGAAGUGGCACCGCACGGACAAUCACAGCACCACGACUGGACUUACGAGGAACAGUUCAAACAAUCAGGCAAAGCCACCAGGCCAGAGAGGAAGCUGGAAAAUUCAAGUUUGGGUAUCGGUGGUGGCUCCUCGUCUCUGAUUCAGGAGUUGUAUGAGCUGGAUGACGAUGAGAAGCGGAAGGAGUUCCUCGACGACCUCUUCAGUUUUAUGCAGAAGAGAGGGACUCCAGUGAAUAGGAUUCCUAUCAUGGCCAAGCAGGUCCUGGAUCUCUACACCCUCUACAAGCUUGUCACUGAAAAAGGUGGCUUAGUGGAGGUCAUCAAUAAGAAAAUAUGGCGCGAGAUCACCAAGGGUCUCAACCUCCCUACCUCUAUCACAAGUGCAGCUUUCACCCUCCGAACACAGUAUAUGAAGUACCUCUAUCCUUACGAAUGUGAAAAGCGGGGGCUGAGCUCCCCGGGCGAGCUCCAGGCAGCUAUCGACAGCAACCGGCGCGAGGGCCGCCGCCAGAGCUACGGGUCGGCCAUGUUUAACUACUCCCCCGUGGGGACGCCCACCCUCCUGUCCUCGCCGAAGAUCCAGAUGCCCCACAUCGCCAUGUCCACCCCCAACGGCGGCCACAUCGCUCACGGGGCGGCCAUCAAGAAAGAAGACUCCAUGCUGUCCAACUGCAUGACCAGCCGCAUGUCCAUCCCGACGUCCCUGGCGGGGCACCACGUGGCGGCGGCGCAGGCGGUGGCGGCCCAGGCGGUGGCCGCGCAGGCCGCCGCGGCCGCCCAGGCGGUGGCCCUGGAGCAGCUGCGCGAGAAGCUGGAGUCCGGCGAGCCCCCAGAGAAGAAGAUGAUGCUGAUGGCCGAGGAGCAGCAGAGGAUAAUGCAGCACGCGCUUCAGCAGAACCUCUUCGCCAUGGCAACCCAGCUGCCAAUGAACAUCAAGCUCAACAACAGAGAUGAUAGACAAGAGACUGCAUUGAACCUGUCUACCAACGGCAUUAGCAGCAUCAACAUGUCAAUAGAAAUAAAUGGAGUUGUCUACACAGGCGUGCUGUUCGCCCGGAAGCCAGCCAUUCCAGUGAUGCCAGGAAACAACAGCCUCCACAGCUCUCAGGGAAAGACCAGCCCGGGGCUGUCCGCACACGUCCAGCCGUCCUCCUCCUCCUCUUCCUCGUCCUCGUCCUCGGCCCACGGGCAAGCCUCCAGCAGCUCCUCGCCCUGAGCGGCCCGCGCCUUCGCCCAGCAAACCCUUCCUCCAAUCACAAGCGCGUCGAGCGGCCCGCGAAAUAAAGGAAAACAUCUCUGUUGUUUUUGAAGACGGCUUCUUUUUUUCCCUUUCUUUUUUAAGUUUCCGAGUUCCACUGAAAGAAUCACGUGUUUAUAUACAAAGGAAUAUACUUCCAGAAAAAAAAAAGAAAAGAAAAUUAUUAUAUUCUACCUAACUCUGAACAGCAACUUUACAAGUGAUCUUGAUCGUAUGAGUAAACACACUAUGUACUGAAGAGUCAUUUCUUUUGAGUGAAAUCAUUCUAGAUGGAGCAUCAUAAACCCCAUGUGAAGACAACCACAUAGAAGAGAUACACAACUGUAAAGAAGACAUGAGAACUACUGACUCUGGACUCUGUAAUCUGAGAACUGCAGAUUGUGAGAAUUGUGAGAAUUGUGUUCAACCCCUGCAGAAACUGUGGUCUAUGAUGCAUAGUUCACUGGCUGUAUUACUACUGUAAGCACGGCUGUACAUUUGUCAAAUGAUUUAACUAAUCUUAAAAUCUAAAAUCCAUUUGCUUAGAGUCAAACAGUAGGACCAUGUCUACUCUCAACUGAUACCAAAGAAAAAGAAAAUAUAAUAAUUGUUUUUAAAAAGAGUUAUGUAAUAUCACUCAGUAUGAGCAUUAAUUAAAUAGGUUUUCUAUGAGAUUUUUAACAGUGUAGAUGCACAAGAAACAAGAGCAGCUGCUUUAAGGAACCCACAGGUCGCUAACGUCAAAGCGCUAUCCUGUUUCGCAUGAAACGCGUCUCGGUGUCUGUCUGCAGGGAGAGUAUUUUUAACCGAAAACGGGCUUUUCUAUCGACGCGUUGGUUAAUAUGGCAUGACGAUAGCCGGGACCGCACUGAUAUCUGAGACAGGUGGUUAUUUAUUCCCCCUAGCCUUCCUCUUCUGCGCGGUAAACCAGCCCAACAGCUCGCCAUGUUGCUUCAUUAAUGGCCGAGGCCAAAGAACUAUUACAAAACUUGUUCCUUAUGGUAAUGGGAAAUUGCAUGUUUCUUCUCAGACAUCUGCAGCUCUAUAUUCUGAACAGAUAGAAGUCUGUAGAUGGCGAAUCAAACUCAUAUCAGUCGCCCAGUGAUCACCAGUGAAGUUAGCAAAACACGCAUGAAAGUGUAAAAUGGCGGACAGGCCGCAGACUGUGAUGACAGUCUGGCAGACCAUUAAAUGGCGUUAUUGCGCUGCCAUUUUGAGUGGUAGCAGCUGCAGUGUGCCGAUGACAAGCUAGGGAAGAGCACUUCAGUACUACAUCCAGGAACAAACAGGUUAGGACAGAAUAACCUGGAUAAAUCUUUUGAAUAAAUUGAGUGGGGAUAUCAAAAAUUAUGUAGUGGCUUUGUUGUGAAUAGAAUCAAGUUUUUCAUUUUUACCAAUGCACUUGUGUCCAGGAUAUUGGAGAUUUCUCUCUCUCUCUCUCUCUCUCUCUCUCUCAGAAAUCUUUUUGGAGGACAAUGGGGAAGAAGGUUUGAAGAUAUUCUUGUAUUUAGUUUUUUUUAAGUCUGUUCAACAUAUACUUUUGAUUUUUAUUUAUUUUUGUUUUUAUUUUAUUUCAUGUUAAUUCUGGGGCUGUAACCAUGAAUUCAGCUGCAUAGCUUUAUUUGAAACCCCUUUUUAAAACACCUUUUCAGAUGCAGCCAAAUACCUCACAAAUUUACCUGUAUAUACAUAACAGAUUAUAAAUACAAAGUAUACCUCAUAUUUCAUUCUAUUAUUUUUAUUGUAAUGCCACUUGAAAAAAAUCUUUUUGUUUCAACAGAUCACUGGAUUUUUUCAUAUUUUGUAUUGUUAUACUAAAGAAGGGAAUAUUUUAUGAUAGUACAUCUACCUCAUUUGUUAUAGACUGUGCCAACAAACAUGACCACAUUCUUUAAUUGCCAGUUUUAACUGUAGCUUCAAGGUCCACACAUGCUAUUUGCCUGAAUACAAGGUGUACUGAGGCAAAAACAAACAAAAAAGUAGGUGGACCAUUUAGGACGUGAAGCAGCCUGCUCACAUUUCUUGUUUGGGUUUCGUACUGGUGUAUUGUUGUGUGGAAAAUGCCAGAAGGAUUAUAUUUCAUUUGGACAAUAUUCUGUCUCAAGUUGUUUUAAUGAUUUGUAGAUAUGUGAUAGGGGGUAGCACGCAAUGUUAAAACACAUUCAUAUGUCACAGAUGUUUUGCUAUGAAAUGUCCUGUCAUGAAAAGUGAAAACUGUUUAAACUUCUCAUUUUCAGGCAUCAGUUCUGUAUUGCAGGUGGUGGCAUACUUUGCUUCUGUCGAUUUGCUGAGUGUCUACUUAAAAAAAAAAAAAAAUUUUCAGGUCAGGACAUUUAAUUGCAAGCAAAUCUUGUUGGAACAGUACAUCUCAGCAUAUUGCAUUAGUUUCUGCAGAGCUUUCAGAGAAGGGAAAUGCCAUUCAAGUACUUUUCCGGUUCAAUUUCCCAUUUCGACACAAAGAAGUAAUUGGCUGUUUGGCAGCAUUUUGGGCAUAACUGAUGACUGUCUGAAGAAUGUAAUAUUUUUAUUGUCUGUCUAUCCCUCCCUUUGGACCCGCAGAAUGAUUUACAUGAUUGAGCAUGUUCAUCCUCCCAACAUUUUCUGUGACUGUCGUAAAGGUAGAUUUGCUGAAGGACAGAAGUACUUAAGGGGGCUAAAGCAGGGCCUGAAGAAUAUGCACAUUUUUUUACUCAGUGGUGUGAGUAGAAGUUGCUUUUCGAUUUGCAUAUCAGAAAUGUAUUCACUUGGUGUCUCAGCACUGGCACAGUCUAUUCCUAACGUAUCAGACAGUCAGUUCUGUGCCCUCCUACACCUACUGGAUGUUAGGGGUAACAACAAAAGAGAAGAACAGAACAGCCAAAAGUCUGUUGCUGACUGUUAAACAAAAACAUGAUAUCACUGUAAUCCUUGCAACCAAAGAUUUAAAAAGCAACAAAUUUCACGUACCUUUGUAAAAAAAUAAAUGUUGAAAAAGAUUUCCGACAACAAAAGCUUUAAGAAAAUACAAAAUAUACAAUAGCAUUGGAGAAAAAAUAUAUAUAUUCGCUUAUGUCUAAAUAAUAUGUUGUUUACGUUGUUUAGUAAUUUUAGCUCUGCUAUGCUGGUAGAUUGUAGAUCCUAUAUUGGCUUUAACUAGCUGUGUAUGAAGCUUUAAAUAUUUCUUUUAUUUCCCUUUUGUUCAUUUUGGAUAAAUCCAGUGCAUUAUGGGAAAACUGGAUUAUGGUGCUCAGGGGUUUAAAAAAAACGUACAAAAAAAACAGGUGAAAGAGAUUUUUGUUUUUGCCUUUUGAAUUGUAGCACAUUUAGAAAUAAAUAUUGCUUUAAACUUCAUAAUGCCGACCAUUGUAUUAUCAUUUACCCUGUCUCAUCAUUUUUACCCAUUCAUCAUUCAUCGAACAUCGUAGCUGUCAAAGUGCAGCCUCAAAAAUGCACCAUACAGACAAGCAGCACGGUUGUCAGCUUUAUAUGAAAUCUUAGCUUGAACAAUAUUGCAUCACAGGGUCAAUAUCAAGUGUAGCGACUGUAUCUUUAUAGCAUUGUUUUGUACUGUAUGUACAGUUCUGUAAAAUAUUAAGCAUAAUAUCACAUGUUCCAGAAACAGGACAUUGCUGAGCAGAGCACUGUAAGCCACCAUACAUAGUGAGACAAUAUUUCCUUGAAGCCCCACAGUGAAGGGAGACUUUGUUCAGUUUGUCGAAUUGAGCGCUUUUAGACGCGCAGCCCCAGUUUUAUUGCCUCAAGGAGAAGGUUCGUGCAGUCAUGGCUGAAGGGUGAUUUAGAGUUUCAUUGCUUUUCUUUUCCUAGUGGCCUUAGCCGGCUAGGUUUACCUCACCAACUGUUUAAAAUGUGACUAGUUCUCUCUAUUAACGGUUUGAUUUUGCACACCCAUUCUCCAUGUCGUUCCAUUUAUUCGUUCCAAUAGACAUGCAAUGGCUGAAAAUAAGCAAAGUAUUUUCCAAGAUCUGUUUUGCUUUUCUAAACAGGCCCUUAUCGGUGACUAAAUAAUUCAAUGAUGAACUUCUGAUUUAGCUGUCUCGGAUUGUUCUUUUUUCCAAGAAACGUAUCUUAUUCCAGCAUUCUUUUAUCAAGAGACCAAGGUCCAGUGGCAUUAUUACUACAAUGUUUCUUGUCCUUUCAGAAACAAAUGUGAGCAAGUGCUGCAUUUUCUCUAUGUGGCUUACACAAUGUGUCUAAUUCAACAAUGAUGUUGUCUUAUGAUGUGUUUCUCAAAAGAAUUACAGUUGCUUAAUGCUGAACGAUAAUCAUUCUCAUGUAAGGUAAAGCAGAAAACAAAUUUAUAAUGUAACCCCCCCAAAGUCUUUGUAUUGUAAAGGGAGAUGAUGCCAGUGUUUCCUUAACAUGAAUUAAAAUGCUUAAAUUGUG